GAGGCUUUACAUUCAGUACAACCUCACACUUCGUCCAGUGAACAAGUUCCUAUUUUUGUAAAAUUAUUGUCAACAUGUUUUUACAAGUUUUUUUCAAUGAUCUAAACAAGUUUAGGCACACAGUCUUUAUUAAUUUCAACGACAAGUAAUCACGUUCCUCGGUACGAUCCUCGCAGACGACUUUCCUGUAGCAAGGGCUUACAACCGGAAUAGAGCCGACUUGCAGGCCUUCGACGGCCAACAACUGGUUUGUGUUUUGCGUUUUCGCGACAAAAUGGAAUUUAAGGAGACUCUGUCAUCCUCAUCCUCAAUGAUGUCUCGGGAUAACGAAAAGCCUCUGGACGCUCAAUCUGAGUUCGUCGGUUUGGCAGACGGUUGCUCCUCAGCCUCAAGUUCUGCUUCAAGUACCAGUAGCUCUGAAAAUUCAACCCCGACCCCGAGUUCGGCCACUGUUUCUUCUACCGUGAAUGAGCAAGGCUGCGGAGAUCCGUGUGAGGUCAAUUGCUGUGACGAGGGCGGAGAGGGUCGUCCUCCCUACGCCAGGGUCAUGCCAGAGGAUCGGCGGUAUGGGGUCGUGAUCACCAACGAGUGCGACCCGUGCGACUGCAACUUCGACUGCGUCCUGCAGCACCUGGUGGAAUCUUUCCAUUCGGCGGUGGAUGUAGCCACUCUCAGCUUUAGCCAGUGCACUCCUGCCGUGUCCUUCGAAUGCCUCCUGCUGAUGGUGUGCCGGGACAGCGACACUAGCGACUGGCUGCAGCGCGCCAUGCGACCUAUGAGCCCAACCUACCUGUGCACCACCUUUAUUAGGCAUUUCGAACUGGUCAGGUGCUCCUUCGUCAUCCCCAUGGUCGUCGAGCGAGAGCUGUGCCGCGUCUUCCGCAUCAUGGAGAAGCAGAACUGCGGUCUGGAUCUGAGUAAAUGGUGCGUCGUUCGAAAGACUGCUCUGGAUCCUUGCUCCGAGGACUAUGCAAAGAGGGUAAUCUUCGACGGGUACCCCAAUUACGAACUGGUAGUUUACAUGGACAGCUGCUCGAAGGAUUAUAUCCUUCACCAUUGUGGGAAAAUUCUAUUCAUAAUGUGGCACCUACCCGUCGACUUUUCUACCGACCUGCCGUGCCAGUAGUCGAUUGGAUUCAACAGAUGCUAUCUUUGCAGUAUGUUGCAGUAUGUUUUCGAUUGUGGACUGCUGCGCGACGCGGAUCUUAUAGAUUCAAUUCUUUUUUUGUCUGGGUUCAACAAUCCGGAAAAUAUGCAAGAUGCUGGUAGUUGCCAUUUAAAAAAACCCUUUGCCCUUGGCCAGUCAGAGUCUUAAUCAAAAAAAUGAAAUCGACUAACCAGAUGGAUAAGUAUAAGCCACCGCUGUCGGAGCUUUUUCAAAAUAGCGGAGGUGAAAGUAGUUGUUAAAAUAAAUUCCGGCGAUUGGAAUAAACACUUGGACUGGAUCGAUCGAGCGGUAGGGAUCCUACCUUGUCAAUGAAUGUCUUAAUAAAUUAAAAGUAAAAUGGUUUCUGCACUUAGAAUGCAGAACCUUUAAUAAUAAAUCAACAAAGUCGCUUCUAUAAAA